CACUCUGCCCCUCUCAGGAUGGAACAGAGGAGGCCCUGGCCAUGGGCCUCACAGAUUGACAGCCGGUCUGUGGUCCUACUCUCAGUGGUUUGGGUGCUGCUGGCCCCCCCAGCAGCCGGCAUGCCUCAGUUCAGCACCUUCCACUCGGAGAACCGAGACUGGACCUUCAAUCACUUGACUGUGCACCGCGGGACAGGGGCGGUGUAUGUGGGGGCCAUCAACCGGGUCUACAAGCUAACGGGCAACCUGACCAUCCAGGUGGCUCACAAGACAGGGCCGGAGGAGGACAACAAGUCUUGCUACCCGCCCCUGAUUGUGCAGCCCUGCAGCGAGGUGCUCACCCUCACCAACAACGUCAACAAGCUGCUCAUCAUCGACUACUCCGAGAACCGCCUGCUGGCCUGUGGCAGCCUCUACCAGGGCGUCUGCAAGCUGCUGCGUCUCGAUGACCUCUUCAUCUUGGUGGAGCCAUCCCACAAGAAGGAGCACUACUUGUCCAGCGUCAACAAGACCGGCACCAUGUACGGAGUGAUCGUGCGCUCCGAGGGGGAGGACGGCAAGCUCUUCAUCGGCACGGCGGUGGACGGCAAGCAGGAUUACUUCCCCACGCUGUCCAGCCGGAAGCUGCCCCGCGACCCUGAGUCCUCGGCCAUGCUGGACUAUGAGCUCCACAGCGAUUUUGUCUCCUCCCUCAUUAAGAUCCCCUCUGACACCUUGGCCCUGGUCUCCCACUUUGACAUCUUCUACAUCUAUGGCUUCGCCAGUGGGGGUUUCGUCUACUUUCUCACUGUCCAGCCCGAGACCCCCGAUGGUGUGGCCAUCAAUUCCGCCGGGGACCUCUUCUACACUUCCCGUAUCGUGCGUCUUUGCAAGGAUGACCCCAAGUUCCACUCCUACGUGUCUCUGCCCUUCGGCUGCACACGUGCAGGGGUGGAAUACCGCCUCCUGCAGGCUGCUUACCUCGCCAAGCCCGGGGAUGCGCUAGCCCAGGCCUUCAACAUCAGCAGCCAGGAUGAUGUGCUCUUCGCCAUCUUCUCCAAAGGGCAGAAGCAGUAUCACCAUCCACCCGAUGACUCCGCCCUCUGUGCCUUCCCCAUCCGGGCCAUCAACUUGCAGAUCAAGGAGCGCCUGCAGUCCUGCUACCAGGGCGAGGGCAAUUUGGAGCUCAACUGGCUGCUGGGGAAAGAUGUGCAGUGCACCAAAGCGCCGGUCCCCAUCGAUGACAACUUCUGUGGACUGGACAUCAAUCAGCCCCUCGGAGGCUCCACUCCAGUGGAGGGGCUGACCCUCUACACCACCAGUCGGGACCGUAUGACCUCCGUGGCCUCCUACGUUUACAAUGGCUACAGUGUGGUCUUUGUGGGCACCAAGAGUGGCAAACUGAAGAAGGUAAGAGUCUAUGAGGAAAUGGAGGCCGAGGAAGACACCUUGCCUUCUGUCCAAGUGCUGGUGACAUGCGCUUCGCCCUAUCCCUUCACCCACUGUGAAUAG